UCCUCGAUCAACUCAGCGAGCUCCUUCAGGGGAAAAGAGGAAGGAUCAGUGUGGGCUGGUCAGCCUGCCAAACACCACACAGCCGCCCAGCUCCCUCUCACCACCAGCAUGGAGGCCGCGGCUUUACACCGACAUGACAAGCCGGCGCAGAAAGCAACCGCCAAGGGCCGGGAGAAGAGGACCGUGAGCUUCCAGGAUCUCACCCGGAGCUUCAGCCACUUCACCCUGCGUACGUCCUUCAGGAGGAAGUUUGGAGAACGCACUGGAUUCACUGGCAGUCGGACAUUGACUGUUACAAAGACGCUGGCAGCAUCAGAUGGAGAGCUGAAUGUAAUGGAGACGGAUGAGCAGGGGGGAGGCAGCAACACCAGUCUGCCCAGCGCACCCAAUGACCGAGCCAGCGGCAUGGACCAGACGGCCAGCUGGGCCGUCAGCUUUGAGCGGCUGCUGGAGGACCCCACCGGGGUGCGCUACUUCACCGCCUUCCUGAAGUCCGAGGUCAGCGCAGAAAACAUCUUAUUCUGGCAGGCGUGUGAGAAGUUCCGCAGGAUCCCCUCCACUCAGCCAGGCGAGUUGUGCCGCGCGGCUCUGUCUAUCUACAACACCUACCUCUCAGAUAGCGCUACUCUUCCAGUCAACAUUGACGACACGGCCCGUGUGGAUGAGAAGACUCUCAGAGCUCCGCACUCAGACAUGUUUCAGAAAGCCCAACAGCAGAUUUUCAAGUUGAUGAAAUUUGACAGCUACGCCCGCUUCGUCCGUUCCCAGCUGUAUCAGAACUGCAUGCUGGCUAACGUGGAGGGCAGGCCCCUGCCUGACAUUGGGCCCCGCUCCAAGGCCACCGCAGCUAAAAGGGCCGCAGCUCCAGAUAACUACUCCCAGAGGGACCAGCAGAAACCUGACUCAAAACAGAAGGAGAAGAGCCGAGCUAAAGCAGAGGAGGAGCAGAGGAAAGGGCUGAUCCAGAAAUGGGACAAACGACAGGAGAAGACCGCAUCAUGGGGAGAUCCUCUUGCUUCAAUAAAGACAGGGGGGUCCUCACGCAAUGAGGUGGAGCAGGUGUGUGCCCGGCUAGCAGAGAGUGACCUCCCUGUGGCACAUAAGUACUGCUGCGUGUACCUGCCCGACGGCACGGCUUCCCUGAUGCCCGCGCGGACCGGUCUGUCCGUCCGCAGCAUGCUGAUGGGCCUGUGUGAGAAGAGGGGCCUCCCUCUCAAGGACAUCACCAUCCACCUGCAGGGCAAAGACAAGAAACCCCUCUCUCUAGACCAGGACAGUGCCGUGCUGAAGGACCAGCAGGUGGUUCUGGAGCUCCGAGUUACCUUAGCGGUGAGAAUUGUUUUCAUGGGGAAGACGGUGACAAUUGUGGCCAAGUCUAACAAGACUCUACAGGAAGCCCUCGCCACCAUUCUUCAGAAAUACAAUCUACGACCUCAAGAGACCCUGGUAACCAUGAGCGGAAGUGACGAGAUCUUAAACAUGAACAUCGGGGUGACUUCUCUGGCCAACAAGACAGUGAUACUGGACAGAUCAAAAGCUCGAGACAUCCCAAGUGCUACCAAAGUACCAGUCACUUCCCCAGGGCUUCAGCAGAUGAGAAGAGGAGGCAUCGCAGACGUGGACAUAAGCUCCCCUGGGGCUGGGUACAGAACCAGAGGAAAUGCCAGACAGAGGAACCCUGGCCUGCGCAGAACUUACGACAUGGACGGCCUGGUGGAGCUGCUGAACAGAGCCCAGUGGUGCAGCGCCGAUGACCAGCGGGGCCUGCUGAGCAAGGAGCAUCUGAUGCUGCCCCAGUUCCUGCAGCAGCCCCUCCCCGAGGAGACGGCCGAGGAGGACGACCAGGACCUGGGGAACAGACUGGCCGAGGAGAGCCAGUCGGACUCUGGCUCCUCCAGCUGCCUGCCACAGGUGGCAGACCAAGGGCCUGUGCCCGGCUUCGCUUCAACCUCAGCUGAGGCCGAUGCGAUGCCCUCGCUGCCCCCUACGGGGGGGGAGGUUCCAGGCGAGGCCGGGUCCACAGAUGGACUGUCUGACAGCCAAAAUUCAGGCCCCACCCGAGAGACCGUGGUCUGAGGGCCUGCAUGCGUUUCAGCCGGACUGGACCGUGGUCUGAGGGCCUGCAUGCGUUUCAGCCCGACUGGACCGUGGUCUGAGGGCCAGCAUGCGCUUCAGCCCGACUGGACCGUGGUCUGAGGGCCAGCAUGCGUUUCAGCCGGACUGGACCGACGUGACAGCCCUUGGCGUAUUUUUACAUUAACUACAGUGACUGUUUGUUGACAAGACGAAUAUUUAUUUGGGGAAUGACUGGAAAUGUGAAAGAUGGAAGUGUUGUGCCACUUUGUAUUCAUUUUUGUUGAUUUUUCAUUUCCUGGGAGAUUCCAGAUAUCCCAGUGCGGCUGAAUAAAUAACAUAUUUUGUAUUGCAAUAUUCAGAUAUUGCUUACAUGGAGUAGAACCCAAAACUACUAAGAUGUUUUCAGAAAAUGGUACAUGUCAGUCAAUGAGCAGAUGGCACAGAAACUGUGAUGUCAAAAUACUGCACUGUAGUAUCUACUCUCUCUCUUUCUGCCUCUCGUGUACAAUGUCUCAUUCUGUCUGGCAGUCUUGGUCACUGCACUGUAAAGUUAUUAUGUCAGGGAUAAUGUCUUGUCCAUCGGUCAUUAUUGGAAAAUAACAGCACCCUGACGCGGAGGAGUGGACUGCAACAGGACAUGUCUUACAACCUUUAUUUAAGCUAGUGUGUAGAUGUGAUGGACAAACAUAAAAGUCAAUCAAGGCUCCGUCAAGUACUUGGGGUUUUCUUCUGAUGCAUAGCCUUGUGUUUGAAAUGAAGAACCAACCCUUGGGUGGAUUUGUAGCUGUGACCUGAGAGAGAGAGAGGACCUGCGCUCAUUGUGGGCAGGGUAAAUGUAACCUGUACUGAGACAAGUGUCUCAGUAUUACUUUAUCCUGCAGCAGGUCUAUGCCAUCACUACGGCUUCCAGAUGGCACUGAUGCUGGGUACUCUGGUCCAGACUCCGAUGUAUCGCAAGGGCAGAUGCCAGCUUAGCUGUGCGUGCCUUAGAAGUACCCUUACCUGGUGUUGAGAGUGAUAGAAGAAUAAAUAAAAUCUUCAUUUGAGUUUUA